AUGUAAGUGAUCUAUCAGAUGAUUUGUAUAAGAAAGCACAUUUUGAAAAGUAAAACAUAUUAUUUAGAAGUACAUGAUGAUUAAAUGAUAUUAAGUGAAGUAAUUAAAUUUUAAUUAACUAUUAAGCAUAAAAAUAUGUCUAAUGCAAAGUAUAUAAUAAAAUAUACAUGGGAAACAAGGGUUAUGUGGAAAGCAUCUGACAAUGAACAAUUAUGUUCAUUUGGAAUUUAUUAUAACAAUAGAAUUAAAUGGUUUGAUUCUGAUCAUAAUUCAUUAAAUUUACUUAAAAUACACUUAUCAGGAAAAGUAUUUUUUGGAAAUAUUUCUAUAUUUUAUGAUUCAAAUUAAAUAUUAGGUUAGGGAGCAUCAUCUAAAGUUUGUUUAGUUAAAUGUAAAAAGAGUAUAUCAUAAUAUGCUGCAAAAUGUAUUUCUAAGAAAUAUUUGUUAUAAAAGAAAUCAAACGAUAGAAUUGUAUGAAAUCAUUCUUAAUUUUUAGUAUAGAUUACAAUAAGAAAUUGAAAUCCUUUAAAGAAUAGAUCACCCUAGUUUUGUCAAAUUAUAAGAGAUCUAUUAAGGAGAGAACUCAUAUUAUAUUGUAACAGAUUAUUUGGAAGGAGACACUCUCUAUAAUUAUAUUAAGUCUUAUCCAGAUGAUCAAUUACCUUCAUAUAAAAUAAGGGAAGCCAUUAAAGUAAUUUAUAUUAUAAUAAUAACUAAGAUAAUAAUAACAGCCUUGAAUUACUUAGCUUCAAAGAACAUUAUUCAUAGAGAUAUAAAAUUAGAAAAUAUAUUAUUACAAAAGCCAAAUGAUAUUACAUCUUUAAAAUUAAUUGAUUUUGGAUUAGCUAUAUACAAAUAACCUCUCUAAAAAUUAACUAUUUGUGGAACACCUGGAUAUAUAGCACCUGAAAUCCUAAAACAUACUAAUAAAGAGGAAUAUUUCACUGAAAAAUGUGAUAUCUUCAGUGCAGGUGUUAUCUUCUAUAAAUUGUAAUCAAUAUUAUAUAUAUCAAUAGGUUAACAAAGAAAACUUUAUUUAGAGCUUAAAAUACAUAAGAAAUUAUGGAACAAAAUAAAUAAUGUUAAAUUAAUUUUUAAGAAUUUGAAUUCAAAAUAUAAAAAGAAGCAUUGAAUUUAUUGAAAGUUAUGCUUGAUCCAAAUCCUAAUACUAGAUAUUCUGCAUAAUAAUGUUUGGAUCACCCUUAUUUUAGUUGCAAAUUAGAAAAUAUCAAUAUUUUAUAAGAAAUCUUAGAUAAAGCAACAGGAUUCUCAGGAAUUACUCAAAUUAGUAUUAAUGUCUUAUUAAUUAUAGUUGAUUAAAAGAAUACAAAUUCUAUUGGAUAAGAAAGUCAAGCUGCUUAAAUUAAAAGAUGCAAUCCAACAUCUUAUAAAAUUAGAAUGGAAUUACGAAAAAGAACUAAAAGUCCUAGAAAAUAUGCUGAUUUCUAAUUCUACUAUCCAUCUUUUUGUUAAAUGAAUUCUUAUGAAAGUCUUAGUAGUAAGGGAUCAUCUAAUAAUAUAUCCCAAUUUGAAAAUUUUAUAAAUGAUAAACUUGAUUCAGUCAUUGAAGAAGAUGAGAAGCAAUAAAUACAUAAAAUUUGA